AUGGAUCGAGGGACAUUCCUGCCCCAGGAGCUCAUUGACAAGUUCAUCGAUGAUCUUUGGUUCGAAAGGGACAUCGCCACUCUGAAAACACUAUCCCAAACCUCCCGUCUGUUCGUUCAUCGAUGUCGUCGUCAUCUAUUCGCCCACAUCCACCUGUCAAGUGGAAAUUCCCCGGGCCAGUCCCAACGCAUAGCAAGGAAAGCCAAGAACCUCGAGGACGUUCUUGUCAAAGUACCCGAGGUUGCAAACUACGUCCAAAGUUUAUUCUUUAUGAUUUCCAAUUUUAACGCCGAGGAGGUCCACAUCAUCUCCCAGCUCCUCCUCCGAUUCUCAAUGCUCAAUGAUUUGAGUUUGUACAUGUACAGUCCUUUCGACUGGGCUUUGGUUGCCCCAGAGUUGCAAUCUGCCAUCUCACGUCUUGUCUAUUCGCCGAGAAUGGAUGCAUUCAGUCUUCAGGGCAUCCACAACUUUCCUGUUUCUUUCUUUGCCCCGUGCACCAACCUCACCUAUUUGGGCAUUCACUCUUGUGCGCUCGAGGACCAAGCACCACUUUGGAAUGUCGAAACAGGAAUCAUCGCGAGGUUACAGAUCUUGAAUCUUGGUGAAACGAGCGUUGGACUAGAGAAGUUAAUUUGUGGUACUAGGGGUCAGGAUGGCCCUCCAAUUCUCGAUUUCUCUCAUCUCCAGGAGUUGACCGCCGAUCUGCCAAAGCAAGAGGCACUGCCCUUCUUCGAGAGAUAUUGA